AUGAGCUGUCCAAUACUUGUUGGGCGAGGGGCUGAGCUGAAGACUGAUCGCUUCGGUAUGCUUCCUAUCCAUGAUGCUGUGGUGAACCAUCAUACCGACAUCAAAGAGGUGCUCGGUCAGCUCGACCUCAAGUGUGAUGAUGCCAUGUGUUAUCUUUCCCCUGAGAGUGAGAAUGCUCUCAAGGAGCAAGUGAAGAAUACCAACAUCUCCCUGACUCCCGAGGAUUUGGAAAUCAAGAUGACUCAGGUCUUUUCUAUCAUUAUGAAGGAAGGUGUCCUCGUUGCUGGUUCUCUCUGGCAGGAGAUCGUCUACUACUUCACUGAGCUCGGUCUUCAUCCCAGCUACUUCAAACAUUUUACCAGUGCUGAGAUCGCCAGGCAUAUCCAUUGCCUUAUCGCUGCUAAGAAGGUCGCUCAGGCUACCAAGUCUGACUAUAUCCACUUCGAGAUUGAGGAAGCGGAUUCGGCUUUCUAUCUCACCACUAUGGAGCCUGAGAAGAUUGCCAUCACUGAUGCUAAGGUUGCUGAGUAUAUCAAUACUGCUAAGGACUGUGGUUACACUAUCACCUUCCUUAAGUCUGAGAAAGCUCCCAUGUGUGGAGGUAAGUUCCCUCUCGGCAUCUUUGUUGUUGAGAAGCAACAGUUCGAGUCGGGUGUUAAGUUUGAGGAUAUGAUGGAGAAGUCCGACAUUCAUCUCGUGGCUACCCCAGCGUUCCUUGAGGAGAGAUCUGAUGAAGUACAGAAGCUCUACCAGGAUCUUAUCGAUGAGACUAUGGCUACCCGCAAUACUGUUGUUAAGGUGUUCGAUGCUCCUGCCAACUUGGUUCAGAAGUCCGGCGCCCAAGUGUUGCAGUUUGCUGCCUUUGAUGUUGAUCGUACGGGCCGAGCCUACAUCUCUGAGAUCAACGAAUGCUUCCGUUCUCAUAACGUUGAACCCAAGAGAUUCUACGUGGACUCGUUCGCCAAUGGUAUCGUCACCUAUACUUGCUUCUUCGACCCCACUUUCCAGGGUGAGGCAUUGGAAAGGCUCGCGCAGACUCUUCGUUAU